AUGCUUCCAGAUUUACCUCGGCUGAGCGACUACGACGUCUCGCCUCGGAACGGCUUCCUCCCUGACGAAGUACCACUGGACAUUCUGCCGGACAGGUACUACCAACCCUGGGAGACGGUAGUACGGAACUUUCAGAGCUUGAUCUUGGCUAAGCGGUUACGACGUGUCGUCGAUGCUUUGCCCGUGCUGGAGACCGACCUUCUUCUCACAGAAGCCGAAUGGCGCCGAGCCUACUCCAUCCUAGCAUUCAUUGCCCAUGGCUACAUUUGGGGAGGCGACAGACCGUCUGAUAUUGUGCCGCCAUCCAUAUCCAUACCAUUGCUGGAAGUCUGUCGUCACCUGGAACUUCCCACGGUAGCCACAUAUGCAGGAGUGUGCCUGUGGAACUGGCGGCCGAUAUUCGAUGGAGAGCCAAUGGAUACGCUCGACAACCUAGCCACGCACAUGACCUUUACCGGAUCGCUGGACGAAUCGUGGUUCUACCUGGUGUCAGUGGCGAUUGAAGCCCGGGCUGGCCCCGUCAUCCCCUUGAUGCUUGAUGCGAUCGCUGCGGCCAGGCGCAACGACAGCAGUACGGUCAUCAAUUGCCUACGAUCUUUUGCGGAGCGACUGGACGAGCUUGGCACGCUUCUUGAGCGCAUGUACGAAAGCUGUGACCCACAUGUCUUCUAUCACCGCAUCCGCCCCUUCCUCGCCGGCAGUAAGAACAUGGCAGACGCUGGCCUGCCAAACGGAGUCCUGUUUGACGACGGCACAGGCGAGGCACCCUAUGUUGAACUCAGCGGAGGCAGCAACGCCCAGAGCUCCAUCAUCCAGUUCUUCGACGUCGUCCUAGGCGUCGAACACCGCCCAACCGGCGAGAAACGGACAGAGACCCCCGUAGUCCCUGGCCCAGGAGCAUGCCCAUCCCCAUCCCCACCCCACGGUUUCAUCCAAGACAGUGAGAAACGCAUCGCCAACCUGCGCGAAUACGUCAGCUCCCGACGACGAGACCGCGCCCUCACAACCGCCUACGACGCCUGCCUCGCCAUGCUGCGCAGCCUCCGCGACAAGCACAUCCAGCUCGUCUCGCGCUACAUCAUCAUCAAAUCGCGCGAAAGGACAGGCUCGCACUCCCACUCGCGCCCCAUUGCCCUCUCCCUCUCCCCACCCAAGCAAGCCAGCCCGGCCCGGGUCAACAUUGCAAACACCGUCGCCCGCACGGGCAGCAAGAAACUGCGCGGCACCGGCGGCACCGCCCUCAUCCCCUUUCUCAAGCAGGCGCGCGACGAGACGGGCGAGCCGGCGAUUGAUGCCUGGGCGCGCCGGUUGCUGAACAAUGGGCCGGCGGAGUUUGGGGGCGCCGAGGAGGGCAGUGUGAGGCUGGGCAAGGUGGCGGAGGGGUUGGAUGGAGAGGUUGAGGUUGUGGGGUUGGCGGGGGUGUGGAGUGUGGAUGAUAACCAGACCAGAGCGCACAGGACCAGUACUCUAGCUGGGCGCACGCAAACCUGCUUUGAUUUCGCAACCCGCAGCAAAGCUUGCGUGGCUCAUGACGCCACACCAGCGGCUGAGCCGAGCGAUCCGGGCGCUGGCGAAGAAAAUGAAAGGAAGGAAAACAAGCGAGCAGGUAAGCAGGGCAGGGAAGCAGGGAAGCAGGCAGGAAGAGUAGAGUAG